AGAUGGUGUCUCUGGCCCAGCUCCUCGGGCUCCUGCUGCUGUGGAUCCCAGACUCCACUGGGCAGAUUGCCAUCACUCAGACUCCAGACUCCCAGUUGGUGACUCCAGGAGAGACUGUCACGAUCAAGUGCAAGACCAGUCAGAGUGUUAGCAGCUCCAUGCACUGGUACCAGCAGAAACCUGGACAAGCCCCUAUGCUGCUCAUUAAGUAUGCCACCACUUUGAUGCCCGGGGUCCCAGCCCGGUUCAGUGGCAGCGGGUCUGGGACAGAUUUCACUUUCACCAUCAGAGCUGCGGAAGCUGACGAUGCUGCAGACUAUUACUGUCAACAAGGCAGUAGUUGGACAUCACUGUGGCUCACUUUCGGCAAAGGGACCAAACUGGAGAUCAAACGUAGAGAAAAUGCUAAGCCAUCCGCUUUCAUCUUCCACCCAUCUGAGGAGCAGCUGAACGAGGGCUCAGCCUCUGUCGUAUGCUUGGUGAACAAAUUCUACCCACAAGCUGCCAAAGUCCAGUGGAAGUUAGACAACAAACCCACUGAGACGGGGGUCCUGACUAGCGUCACGGCCCAGGAUUCCCAAGACAGCACGUACAGCUUAAGCAGCACGCUGACUCUCAGCAAGGAUGAAUACAAUAAGCACAAUCGGUAUUCCUGUGAGAUCACUCAUGAAACCCUGACAUCACCCCUCGUCAAGUCCUUCCAAAGGGACGAGUGUUAAAGUCGGGGCCUCCAGGGGAUGUUCUAGCUCCCCACUUCUUGCCCUUUCCUCCCCAUUUCAAUGCCUCCUCUCUCUCCCUAUUGAGAAAACUAUUGUUCUCCUGUUCAGGAGUGUGUGUUCCAGUAGGGAGCAGGGGUCUUUUCUGGUCUUCAGGUUGCUCAGUAUCCUGUGAAAGAGCCACCCUGUGGUCUAGCCAUUCUUCUCCUUCAUCCUUUUCUGCUUUUAUCAUGUCAAUAUUGGAAAAAUAAAAUAAAGUGAAUGAAAAGGC